ACGAGAGGAUGUUGUGCCUAUGGACGAUAGUGGUACUCUUGUUCGCUGCACUUCUGAUUCUGUUUUCGCUGUUAGGGUUUGCUAUUGUCUUCGAAUCAUUCCGAAGAAGACACAACCAUGCCCAUCUUGAAGCUCCUGCGAUCUUCGAGGAUCCAUCUUCGUUGAAACAGGUUCCAUGUCCUUACAUAUUUGAUCCUGCGGAGAAGUACAUAUCUUUGAUAAUUCCUGCAUUCAAUGAAGAGCAUAGGCUUCCUGGAGCUCUUGAUGAAACAAUUAAUUAUCUUCAAAAUCGUGCUGCAAAGGAUAAGUCAUUUUCUUAUGAGGUCGUGAUUGUUGAUGAUGGGAGUGCUGAUGGAACAAAAAGAGUUGCUUUUGACUUUGUGAAAAAGUACUCUGUAGAAAAUGUAAGGGUUCUCCUCCUUGGGAAAAAUCAUGGCAAGGGAGAAGCAAUUAGAAAAGGAAUUCUUCAUUCGCGAGGUGAACUACUGUUAAUGCUAGAUGCUGAUGGGGCCACCAAGGUUAAUGACCUUGAAAAACUUGAGGAUCAGAUACUUGCAGUUGCCAGAAAGGAACUUCAAUUAGGAGUUGUAACACAUCCUGAUUCAAGUUCAAGAAUUUCUGAUAUUCCAGUUGCUGCAUUUGGAUCCCGUGCACAUCUUGAGGAGAAAGCUUUGGCUACAAGGAAGUGGUACCGCAAUUUUUUAAUGAAAGGUUUCCAUGUUGUGGUUCUCUUGGCAGCUGGUCCUGGAAUUCGUGAUACGCAGUGUGGUUUUAAGAUGUUUACCAGGGCUGCUGCACGGAAGCUUUUCACAAACAUCCGGUUGAAGAGGUGGUGCUUUGACGUUGAGUUGGUUUAUUUGUGCAAAUGGUUUGGCAUCCCAAUGAUUGAGAUAUCUGUGAACUGGUCAGAGAUCCCUGGAUCCAAGGUGAACCCAUUGAGCAUUCCCAACAUGCUUUGGGAGCUUGCACUCAUGUCCGUCGGAUACAGGACCGGUAUCUGGGAAGUUCGUACUUGAGUCUCUUUGUUGUCGAGCUGAUCCAACCACAUUCACGGCGUCCGUCAAAGAUUGCAUUUUCACAGCCGCAAUCCCACUGAACGAAGAUUACAGGCUCCCUACUCUUUUUUGUUAUGGAUGAUGGUGUCUUAAACUAUAUAAACUAAAAUAACUUACCAAAUUUCCUAAAUUUUGCUUAUUGAAGAUCAGCAUUGCCUCUGAUGUAAGCAGAGGUAGAAUUAAUACUGCUA